UGGCUCUGAUUCGACGCUUUCACCGGACAUUUGUCUGGCAGCCAACGUUGGGAGGAUUUCGAGGUUUCUGGUAGUUGACCAUAUAUUUAUCAGCUCAACACAUCCACAAUGUCCAAGUCCAAGAACCACACAAAUCACAACCAGAACAAGAAGGCCCACCGAAAUGGGAUCACCAAAAUCAAGACGAACAAAUACUCGUCUAUGAAGGGUGUCGACCCCAAAUUCCGCCGUAACCAACGAUGGGCUCAGAUGGGUACCCAGAAAGCCGUUGCCGAGGCUAGGAAGAGCAAAGUAGCUGCGUAGGCGACAGGGAGCAUCGGCAUGGAGAGACGCUGAGCAUGUAUACUUUUGCAUCGACAUGG